AUGGCCAUUGGAAAACGCGGACCCGCCUCCGACGCUUGUUCGGACUGCUCAGAUUCACCAGUCGAACUUAGCGCUGAUACCAAAGCUCUACUGGACUUGUUCCUGGCAAACAAGGCUGAAGAAGAGCGAAGGUUCGCGGUUUUGGAGGAAGCAGCUCAGCUCAGGAAGAUGGAGGUCGACGUGCCCCUCACUGUCGAAGAGCUGCAAGAGCUCAAAGAUACCCCGAUGGUCAGCGUCGCGGAAUUCAAAUCAACAUUUGGUGAAGAUUGGCAAUUGAGCCAGUUCUGGUACUCAGAGGACUAUGCCUACCGCCUCGCAAAGGCCCUCCACGAUCAAUGCACCCCAGAAACCAAGAUCGCCUUCCUCUGCUGCCCAACCGCCUACGUCGCAUUCCAACACACCAAACCCCUCCCCAACGCCCGCCUCUUCGAAUACGACCAACGCUUCGCCGUCCUCUCCCCCAAGCAAUUCGUCUUCUACGACCUCGACGAUCCAGAAGACAUCCCAGAAAUCUAUAAAGGGCACUUUGAUUUCAUCAUCGCCGACCCCCCAUUCCUAAACGAGACAACGAACCGCAAACUUUUGAGGACGUUGAAAACGAUCGUCAACCCCAAGGGAUGCAAGAUCCUCCUUCACACCUCGACUGAGAUGGAGAACAACGGCACCCUUGCCAAGGUUUACACAGAACCUCCGUUUGGACCUCUCAAGAGGACAGCAUUCGAGCCAGAACACGGUCAACUCGCGAACGAUUUCGCAUCCUGGGGCAACUGGGAAGGCGCUGAGACGUUCGGCAAGGACUAUGGAGACGGAGCUUGA